AUGGAAGGGCGUCAGCAAGCAAUGGAAUCAUUCAGCAAGGGCAGUGUCAGCAAGCAGGCAGCAUGGAAGUCAGCAAGCAGGCAGCAUGUUCAGCAAGCAGGCAGCAUGGAAGGGCGUCAGCAAGCAGGCAGCAUGGAAGGGCGUCAGCAAGCAGGCAGCAUGGAAGGGCGUCAGCAAGCAGGCAGCAUGGAAGGGCGUCAGCAAGCAGGCAGCAUUGCGUCAGCAAGCAGGCAGCAUGGAAGGGCGUCAGCAUGGAAGGGCGUCAGCAAGCAGGCAGCAGGGCGUCGGCGUCAGCAAGCAGGCAGCAUGGAAAGCAAGCAGGCAGCAUGGAAGGGCGUCAGGCAGCAUGGAAGGGCGUCAGCAAGCAGCAGCAUGGAAGGGCGUCAGCAAGCAGGCAGCAUGAAGGGCGUCAGCAAGCAGGCAGGAAGGGCGUCAGCAAGCAGGCAGCGUCAGCAAGCAGCAGCAGCAAGCAGCAUGGAAGGGCGUCAGCAAGCAGGCGUCAGCAAGCAGGCAGCAAGCAAGGCAGCAUGGAAGGGCGUCAGCAAGCAGGCAGCAUGGGGCGCAGCAAGCAGGCAGCAUGGAAGGGCGUCAGCAAGCAGGCAGCAUGGAAGGGCGUCAGCAAGCAGGCAGCGCGUCAGCAAGCAGGCAGCAUGGAAGGGCGUCAGCAAGCAGGCAGCAUGGAAGGGCGUCAGCAAGCAGGCAGCAUGGAAGGCGUCAGCAAGCAGGCAGCAUGAAGGGCGUCAGCAAGCAGCAGCAUGGAAUCAGCAAGCAGGCAGCAUGGAAGGGCGUCAGCAAGCAGGCAGCAUGGAAGGGCGUCAGCAAGCAGCAGCAUGGAAGGGCGUCAGCAAGCAGGCAGCAUGGAAGGGGUCAGCAAGCAGGCAGCAUGGAAGGCGUCAGCAAGCAGGCAGCAUGGAAGGGCGUCAGCAAGCAGGCAGCGUCAGCAGGCAGCAUGGAAGGGCGUCAGCAAGCAAGGGCAGCAUGGAAGGCGUCAGCAAGAAGGCAGCAUGGAAGGGCGUCAGCAAGAAGGCAGCAUGGAAGGGCGUCAGCAAGCAGGCAGCAUGGAAGGGCGUCAGCAGCAGGCAGCAUGGAAGGGCGUCAGCAAGCAGGGCAGCAUGUCAGCAAGCAGGCAGCAUGGAAGGGCGUCAGCAAGCAGGCAGCAUGGAAGGGCGUCAGCAAGCAGGCAAGCAGCAAGGAGAAUCGGCCAGCAGGUAA